AGAUCUUGCGCAAUCCCCCGGCUUUCCGUAAGGGCAAAUGACGCAGCAUGGAAAAGUGCAAGCUAUGUCGUACAAUCUGUUACGCACAAGUUGCUUUCUGAUGUUGUUCCUUGGUAUAUUAACGAGAACGACAUCACGUUCUAGCUGGGGCUGCACCAAACAAUUUUGUAUCGCGUGGGUUACCCUGUCUGAGAUAAAUGUUGUUCUUCGAAUGCGUGUAGACUUUGUCGAAUAGUAGCCGUUUGAUGCUGCUAUUUCGGACGCCAGCAAUCGAGAUUCCUGUCGCUCACUCUCGCCGCUACAGAUGUUAGUUGCCGUUUGGAACAUAUUACGCA